AUCUACAAGAUGUUUUCUGUUGUGGAAGCAAAAGUUGUGUUGGAUUUCAUGUGUUCACUUGAAGUUUGAAGAAGGCUGGAUGAUGAAGCUCCAAAACUAAAGUUUUUGUAAGAGUUUAUGGAUGGAUGUUUUGAGUUUGAUGAAAUUUUAUCUAAAUGCAAGACAUUCUGAGUUUUUUCAGAUAUGGAAUUUGACAAUGAUCUACAAACCAAAAUUGAUGCAACAGUGAUGGAAGAAGGAAUUGAUUGGGGCUGCAUGCCUUGGGGCUGCACGCCUUGGAUGCAGAGGUAUGCUUUAAUUAAAAACCUCAAACUUACAAAUUAAUUACUCUUGUCCCUUAAGCUCCAAUUACUGUUGCUGUCUUUAUGUGCUUCUGAAAAUGUACUGUUUUGGCUGUCAUCAUGUCCUUUCCCAGAUUUAAGUUCCAGGACAUUAGACAAAGAAUUCUGGCCUUUGGAUCUCGAUGGUUUUGUUGAUCCACUGCCAGAUGAUUCCUUUGAUGACUUCUUCUGACGGGAGUGUUUUGGAGGCAUGGCAGCAUCAUGCAUGGGUGAUUCAGCACUGUGGUUUGAACUGCCCUUUCUCCUGGGAAGGUUGCUUGUUGGGUGUUCACGACCUGGGGAAUCCAUUGAAAUAUUAGAAGAGCGGCGCCUGUGAUGCUUCUCAGCCUUCGGAGAACCUAAAGGUGAGCCAGCGCCAGUUGAUGAUUUGCGCCUUGACCUGUGCUUUGGUUUCUCACUGGCAUUAUGAUCUUGGGUUCCACCAGCAGCUACAAUUAUGUUCAAGGCGCUGACAAGAACUCUGGGGCAGACUUAAACUCGUUCAUCUAUGUAAGAAAAGCAUUAUUAGUUUUUUCGUUGGUAAGUAACAAAGUUAAAUGCAACAUCAGCUUGAUUUCUUGUGUGAUGCAGGGAAAGGAAGAAACAGCAUACCCAGCUCGGGGUGUUGGCAGAUGGACCAUCAUGUCCAAUAUGUGCAACAUGCCUUACGUCUGUGGGUAACCCUAUUACCAUUUCUGGUUCCUUCUCAUUAUCCUCUGCAGCAUAUCGAGGAAUUUAGGUUCUUUUAUUAGUUUCUAAUGUCUUCCAUCACACCUCCUUACUAGGAAAACUGAGAAUCAUAUCAUACCGAACAUUUGUUGGAAGUAUCUUAAACCUUUCAAAAGACCCUUCAUCUUGUUGUUGAUGUCUUCCUAAUUCAAAGAGUGGCUGGUGCUUGUUGCUGCUACAGUGACAAGCUAGUACAAUAGUAAAAGCAAGCUUAUUGUUGCAUCCAUUUUGAGCAUUUAUCAUAAAAAUUUCUUCCUGAAGAAGAAAUUAUGAUCCACAUAUACAUACCCGUUUAGAAAGUAAAACGAAAGAACUCGACUUUUCUUGUCUACUAGCUUGCAAUAGUGUCAUUUCCAACAAACACCACCCAAGAAAACGCUUUUCCCAGUAAGAAACAUAUUCUGGAAAUUCAGAAGCAUGUGGGGCAAAGGUUUUUGCACUCUCGAUUCUUGAUUCAUGUGUUGGUCUCAAUCAAGAAAGGAAGAGGGAGAUGGGAAAUGGAAAAUCUCAAAUUUGGAAAUUUCAGGGAAGCAGCAUUUUUGUUUGAAGAGUUGUUGGUUUGGAUUUGUGGGGAAAUGGAAGCCAGUGGCUGACCGAAUUUUCAGGUUGUUGCUUUUAAUCAUCUUUUAGUGAAAGAGCGGGGAAAGCGGUUAGAGAAGUGGUGGGCUACAUUUUUUUUUUUUUUUGGGUCUUCUAUUUCUUGAUAAUAUUCACUAGAGUUCUUCCAUAGUUGAUUGGAUUAAAUUGAUUUGAGUAUGGAUGCCCAAUUUUAGGUUUUUUUUUUAACAAAAUAGGAUUUUAGUUGAUGGAUGGUUUAAAGCCAUUAGCUUCAAACAAAUGUACUCAAGUUUUUGUAAUGCUUUCUAGACUAAUUUCAUAACAAAAAAGUGAAAAUUAA